AUGCCCAAAUAUAGGGUGUGGGAGGGGGGUGGGGUGGGGGGUGUGGGUGGGGGGGGGUGGGGGGGGGGGGGGGGGGGGGUUUGGUUGGGAUAUGGUUGGUGGGUGGGGGGUGGGGGGUGGGGGGGGGGGGUGGGUGGGGGGGGGGGUGGGGGGGGGGGGGGGGGGGGGGGGGUGGGGGUGGUUGGGGGGGGGGGGGGGGUGAGAUGUAUGAUGUGUGGAGUGGGGGUGGUGGGGGGGGGGGGGGGGGAGAGUGUUGUGGAUGUGAUGGGGGGUGUAUUGUAUGAUAUAGAUAUGGGUGGGGUAGGGGGUGGGGGGGUACAACACACAACAGGGGUGUGGGUGGGGGGGGGAUGGUGUGGGUGGGGUGGGGUGGGGUGGGUUGUGGUGGUGGUUUGGUGGGGAGUGGGUUGUGUGGGGUUGGUAUGGGGGGUGGGGGGGGGGGGGGGGGGGGGGGUUGUUAGGUAUUUGGAAGAAAAGUUUGGAUGUGAAAUGAUGUUGGGGUGGGGGGGGGUGGUGGUGGGGGGGUGGUGGGGGGUGGUGGGUGGGGUUGGGUGUGGGGGGGGGGGGGGGUUGGGUUUGGGUUGGGGAGUAGAGAGAGUAUUUGUUGAUUGGGGGGGUUGGGGUGGUGGGGUUAUGUGGGGGGGGGGGGGGGGGGGGGGGGGGGGGGGGGGGGGGGGGGGGGUGUGGGAGUGGGGUGGGGGGGGGGGGGGGGGGUGUUUUGGUUGGUGGGAGAGAGGAAGUUUGUUGUGGGGUGGGGGGGGGUUGGGUUUUGGGAAGGGGGGUAUAUGUAGAGGUAUGACACACAUUAUUAGAGUGCGAGAGAGUGUGUUUUUUGUGUUGGAGUGA